AUGCCAAAUAAGCGUAAGCGAGAUGUUCCUGCCGUACCGGACAUCGCUGAGGACCCGGCGGAGCGAAAACGAGUCCUGGGCGUGCUAGCUCAAAGAAGAUACCGCGAGAGAAAGAGACAGCAAUGGCAGGCUCUGCAGGCUCGAGCGGAGAGUCGCUCUGGAUCUGAGGACGGGCAGCCCCAAGUCGGGGACGCUUCGCUGCCUUCGAAAGCAGAUGUUGAACCAAGAGCGACUUUGGACUCCACUGAAGUCAGUGUCUCACACGCAGUGGAGGAUAUCUCAUGUAACGCCGAAGGUCCUUGGGCCGUCCCCUCGCAAAUUAUGCCCGAACUCAGCGAUCAAAGCAUGGACCUUAUUCCAGAUGAACUUUCUCCAAGCCAAUUCCUCUCCUUCCCGCAAUCUCCACUAUUUUCUUUACUACCUGCUCAGGAGAUGCCCACAAUGCCGCUGUCUACUGUAGAGGAUCCAUUCUCCUGUUUUCCACCAGCAGCUUUCUUCCCGGAUCUGCUCCCCUCAUUUCAGUCCACUCAGAGCACCAACAACCCUGGGGGUGAUUACAGUCUCUCGGACCGGCUGCAAACAUACCAGUCCGCGACCUUCUCCUUCCCAGAUGAUCAUCUGUUGGAGAUCCCCUCUCUCACACUUCUCAAUGCCGCAAUGAAGGUAGCUCAGCGGUUGAAUAUUGCCGGCAUACUGUGGGACCUCACGGCCACGAGCCCAUUCUACCAAGGACCCGAGAGCCAGGCGAUCUCCUCGCCACCGUCUCUCACAUCUGGCGCCUCAUCGCCAUUUUCAACAGCAUUCGGCCCCGACGGAGCCGACGAUGUCAUUGAACUUCCCCGUCAUCUUCAACCGACCAUCUCUCAGCGGUUCAUCCCUCAUCAUCCCAUCCUGGAUCUCCUUCCCUGGCCGAGUACCCGGGAUAAACUCAUCCAGGUGUUCCAUCUACCGCCGGAGAUGCGUCCAAAGUCUGCGCAGGACCCCAUUGGUCUUCUUCGGUUUGUCUAUGACAUGGAAGACGUCAAAGGAGAGGGUAUCAAAGUACGCGGAGGGGAUCCAUUCGCACCUGAGGCCUGGGAGGUCGGACAGGUGGUUUUCGAGCGGUGGUGGUGGGCUUUUGAUGGGGAGAUUGUGGAGCGCAGUAAUUGUGUGAGGAUGCAGAGGGGGGAGAACCAAUUGAUGAUGAGAAUGGAGUAG